AUGCCGUUAACAUCUAUGCCCACCAUCAAGAGUCUGAGUGUGAUCCUGGAUGCCUCCCUGUCAACGGAGGCCCAGGAAGGUAUUCGAAAACAUGAAUUAGUGUCUGCUGACAGUGAAGGAGUGAAUGUGGGUAAACUGAAGCUUAAUCCAGACAAGAUAAGAGAGAUGCUGGUUAGGGACAGACUAAGCCGGCGACCCGCUGGGAAUUAUCUUCAUCGGGGGAGGGAAGCGACGGGACGGACGGAGGAAGCGAGGGAGGGGGGCCGGGCUGCGCUGGAAGCCGCCCUAAAGGGCCGGAGGGCUUCAGGUGACUACAAAUCCCAGACACCUCGGCUCUGGGCGGCCACCCCACCGGCUGGGCCAGCGCCAGAGCGCCUCAGUGCCCCAGGCGAGUUGGCGGCGGCGGCGGCAGCAGGUGGCUGCGCGCCUGCGGGACUGGGGCCCCCGCCCGGCCGCCUGCAGGGGCUCGGGCGCCUCUCCGCUGCGCUGGGCUGGGCUGGGCUGGGCGAGGCGGCCGUGCUGGGCUUCCUGCGCGAGCGCGGCGGGCAGGGCGAGGAGCCGCCGGGCGCCCUGCCCGCCCAGGGGCGCUCCGGCCAGGGCGGCGGGGGCGCGGCGGAGGCGCCGUCCCUGCCCCCCGAGGAGAAGCGCGGGAUGCCCGUGUCCGAGCUGAAGAGCCUCUUCCAAAAGGGGGGCGCGGAGGAGGGGCCCAAAGGCCCCGGCGGCCACGCCCCGCGAGGCUCCCCGCAGAAACCCUGCAUGCUGCCCGUGCGCUGCGUGCCGCCCCCCAGCGCCGCCAGGGGGGCCGAGGCGCCGCCCUGCCGAGGGCUUGAAGCCCCAGAGCGGCCGCAGGGGGGCCCCUCGGCCGGCCUCCCGCCUCGCUCGCCUUACCCCACGAGGCGGCCGCUCGAGCAGCCGGGCUCCGGCUCCCCUUACCUGAGGAGGGGGCAGAGGUCGCCCAAGGCGGGCGAGGAAGGCGCCGGCGAGGCCACCGUGCCGCUGGACGCCGCCGAGCACGAGUGGCUGGUGAAGGCCACCGACGGCCAGUGGUCCCAGCGCCUUCACGGCCUCUUGCUGAGCGACACGCACCUGGCCGGCAAAAGGGACUUCAUGUCCGGCUUCACCGCCCUGCACUGGGCCGCGAAAAGCGGCAGCUGCGACAUGGUGAGCAAAGUCAUCGAGGUGGCCGAGAAAGGGGAGGUCCGGGUCAACGUGAAUACCAAGUCCUAUGGCGGUUACACCCCGCUCCACAUUGCUGCGAUACACGGGCAAGAGGAGAUCAUUGCCCUCUUGGUCAAGGACCACAACGCCAAGGUGAACUUGAGGGACUACAGUGGGAAGAAGCCCUACCAGUACCUCAGAGAAGGCUCCUCUUUUGCAGUGAGGCAUCUCCUGCGUGACCCGGAUCUGCACGCUAUCACGGGCCACAAUGCCUCUAUCAAGAAGAGUGCAAAGGUGGCGGCUUCCAUUUUGAGCUCCACCAGCACCUUCCUGGGUGUUUUGUCUGAUGACACUGCUUUCUAUGAGCUGACCAAAGGCUUAAAGAAACCGCCUUCACUCAAUAAGUUUCUUCAUGCGGCUACCGCCCCAAGGAGGAAGCUGAAGUCCAGAGGGACUUUCUCAUCACAUUCUUCUUUAUCUGAAUCGUUGGAGGAGGACCAGGAGGAAGCCACAGUAAAACGUAGACCCGUAUCAGAGUGUUUCUUGGUCACUAGUGUCCAGCUAAUUGGAAUCAGCUAA